AGGAGGAGGAGGCGGCGCCGGGCGCCCAGGCCGCCGGCUAGGCCACGGGCCUGCACCCCGGGGGCGGAUGGGACGCCGGUUUCCGUGGAGCAGCCGCCUAAGACCCCAAGUUCCUGGGCUGACUUGGAAGCGCCAAAAAUAGAAGAUGACGGAGGGCCGUCGAUGUCAAGUACACCUUCUGGAUGACAGGAAGCUGGAACUCCUGGUACAGCCCAAGCUUUUGGCCAAGGAGCUUCUGGACCUCGUGGCUUCUCAUUUCAACCUGAAGGAGAAGGAAUACUUUGGAAUUGCAUUCACAGAUGAGACGGGACACUUCAACUGGCUUCAGCUAGACCGGAGGGUGCUGGAACAUGAUUUCCCCAAGAAGUCGGGACCCGUGGUGUUGUACUUUUGUGUCAGGUUCUACAUCGAAAGCAUUUCCUACCUGAAGGACAAUGCCACCAUCGAGCUGUUCUUCCUGAACGCCAAGUCCUGCAUCUAUAAGGAGCUUAUUGACGUUGACAGUGAAGUGGUAUUUGAAUUAGCUUCCUACAUUUUACAGGAAGCAAAGGGAGAUUUUUCUAGCAAUGAAGUGGUGAGGAGUGACCUGAAGAAGCUGCCAGCCCUUCCCACCCAAGCCCUGAAGGAGCACCCCUCUUUGGCCUACUGUGAAGACAGAGUCAUUGAGCACUACAAGAAACUGAAUGGACAGACGAGAGGUCAAGCAAUUGUGAACUACAUGAGCAUCGUGGAGUCUCUCCCGACCUAUGGGGUUCAUUAUUAUGCUGUGAAGGACAAGCAAGGGAUACCAUGGUGGCUGGGACUGAGCUACAAAGGAAUCUUCCAGUACGACUACCAUGAUAAAGUGAAGCCCAGGAAGAUAUUCCAGUGGAGGCAGCUGGAAAACCUGUAUUUCAGGGAAAAGAAGUUUUCAGUGGAAGUCCAUGACCCACGCAGGGCUUCGGUGACAAGGAGGACCUUCGGACACAGUGGCAUUGCAGUACACACGUGGUAUGCGUGCCCGGCGUUGAUCAAGUCCAUUUGGGCGAUGGCAAUUAGCCAGCACCAGUUCUAUCUGGACAGAAAGCAGAGUAAGUCCAAGAUCCAUGCGGCACGAAGUCUGAGCGAGAUUGCCAUCGACCUCACAGAAACCGGGACACUGAAGACCUCGAAGCUGGCCCACAUGGGGAGCAAGGGGAAGAUAAUCAGCGGCAGCAGCGGGAGCCUGCUGUCCUCAGGUUCUCAGGAAUCAGAUAGCUCCCAGUCAGCCAAGAAAGACAUGCUGGCUGCCUUGAAAUCCAGGCAGGAAGCUCUGGAGGAGACAUUGCGCCAGCGGCUGGAGGAGCUGAAGCGUCUGUGUCUCCGGGAAGCGGAGCUCACUGGGAAACUGCCUGUCGAAUAUCCCCUAGAUCCAGGAGAGGAACCGCCUAUUGUUCGGAGAAGAAUAGGGACUGCGUUCAAGCUGGAUGAGCAGAAAAUCCUGCCCAAAGGAGAGGAAGCAGAGCUGGAGCGCCUGGAACGAGAGUUCGCCAUUCAGUCCCAGAUCACCGAGGCUGCCCGCCGCCUGGCCAGUGACCCCAACGUCAGCAAGAAACUGAAAAAACAAAGAAAAACCUCGUACCUGAAUGCACUGAAGAAGCUGCAGGAGAUUGAAAAUGCCAUCAACGAGAACCGAGUCAAGUCCGGGAAGAAACCCACGCAGAGGACCUCGCUGGUCAUAGACGAUGGAAAUAUUGCCAGCGAGGACAGCUCCCUCUCCGAUGCCCUUGUUCUUGAAGAUGAAGAUGCUCAGGUUACCAGCACAAUAUCCCCCUUACAGUCCCCGCACAAGGGACUCCCCCCACGGCCGCCGUCCUCACACAACAGGCCCCCGCCUCCGCAGUCCCUGGAGGGACUCAGGCAGAUGCACUAUCACCGCAGCGACUACGACAAGUCCCCCAUAAAGCCCAAGAUGUGGAGCGAGUCGUCUCUGGAUGAGCCCUAUGAGAAGGUCAAGAAGCGUUCCUCCCACAGUCAUUCCGGCAGCCACAAGCGCUUUCCCAGCACGGGGAGCUGCGCCGAGGCCGGCGGCGGCGGGGGAAGCGGCUCCUUGCAGAACAGCCCCAUCCGAGGCCUCCCGCACUGGAACUCGCAGUCCAGCAUGCCCUCCACGCCAGACCUGCGCGUCCGGAGCCCCCACUACGUCCAUUCCACGAGGUCGGUGGACAUCAGCCCCACGCGGCUGCACAGCCUCGCUCUGCACUUUAGACACCGGAGCUCCAGCUUAGAGUCCCAGGGCAAACUCCUGGGUUCGGAGAAUGACACGGGGAGCCCCGACUUCUACACCCCGCGGACUCGUAGCAGCAACGGCUCGGACCCCAUGGACGACUGCUCGUCGUGCACCAGCCACUCGAGCUCCGAGCACUACUACCCGGCGCAGAUGAACGCCAACUACUCGACGCUGGCGGAGGACUCGCCGAGCAAGGCGCGGCAGCGGCAGCGGCAGCGGGCGCGCGCGGCGGGCGCGCUGGGCUCGGCGAGCUCGGGCAGCAUGCCCAACCUGGCGGCGGCGCGCGCGGGCGCGGGCGGCGCGGGCGGCGGCGUGUACCUGCACAGCCAGAGCCAGCCCAGCUCGCAGUACCGCAUCAAGGAGUACCCGCUGUACGUGGAGGGCGGCGCCACGCCCGUGGUGGUGCGCAGCCUGGAGAGCGACCAGGAAGGCCACUACAGCGUCAAGGCGCAGUUCAAGACCUCCAACUCCUACACGGCCGGGGGGCUGUUCAAGGAGAGCUGGCGCGGCGGCGGCGGCGGCGGCGGCGGCGGGGACGAGGGCGACGCCGGGCGCCUGACCCCCUCGCGAUCGCAGAUCCUGCGGACUCCGUCGCUGGGCCGCGAGGGCGCGCACGACAAGGGCGCGGGGCGCGCGGCCGUGUCCGACGAGCUGCGCCAGUGGUACCAGCGCUCCACGUCCUCGCACCGCGAGCACUGCCGCCUGUCGCACACCAGCUCCACCUCCUCCGACAGCGGCUCCCAGUACAGCACCUCCUCCCAGAGCACCUUCGUGGCGCACAGCCGGGUCACCAGGAUGCCCCAGAUGUGUAAGGCCACGUCAGCUGCCUUACCUCAGAGCCAGAGAAGCUCGACGCCGUCCAGUGAGGUUGGAGCCACCCCCCCAAGCAGCCCCCACCACCUCCUGACCUGGCAGACGGGGAGCUACACUGACAGCUGCUUCCUGGAUUCCUCCCUCUAUCCAGAACUAGCCGAUGUCCAGUGGUACGGGCAGGAAAAAGCCAAGCCCGGGACCCUCGUGUGAGCCAGCCCGAUGCCAUUCUCUGCCACCUCACGGCCUCUCAUUUGCCUUACCCAGACGCACUGUCACCUGCACCAGCUUUGGCCCUCAGCACUUUUUUUUUUUCUUUUUGCUCCUGUCUCCGCAAUCCCUUCAAACCCUCAAAUACCUGACUGAGGAGACAUUCUGGAAGGUUCCGGUCCCACUGUGUGUCCCCCUGGCUCUCUUGCCCACAGAGAGCCAGACAGCAAUCCUCAAUGGCGCCUUGGUGGCCUCCCUCUGCCAGGCACCGUCCGGGAAGCCAGCAUGCAUGAACUCCUGCGGACAAGUAGUCAAGGGAGAGAAGGGAAGCAAGAUUUACAUGCAGACAGCUGCUGCCAUAGGCCCACCAUGCCCUUCAAGGAGAGUGGCCCCACCUUGUGGGGACCCUUAGUCUCCCCCAAAAUCCUCCUAAGUGAGACCGCCUGCGGGGAGUGGCCAUGGGGGGGAGUGAGAGAGGAAAUCUAGCCCUUCAGAGAUGCAUCGGGAGAUUCACGAUCAGUUCUAUGCUGCCAAAGAUUAAACACAUGCAAAAACAAAAACAAACCAAUACGUAAGGGGCCAAGAGGAAGACAUUCUUUCUUCAACGAGAUUUUAAACUCUGCACACCCCAAGUGAAAGCCAACUCGUAAAUCUUGUCUUCAGUCCAUCUCCUUUAAACAUCCUCUUCCCCUUCUGAGAGAGAGCCGUGCAAAGUAGUCCCACAAGGGUGGUGGCAGCAAGGCAUGGCCCUGCUGACUCAAUGACUCCAUCCAUCUGGACACCAGGAAAUCAGUCCUUGCAGGGAGCAGUGUACAGCAAGCCCUGGUCUCUGCCCAGGCCCUGCUUUCUUUCCAGGAAACUUGAAGGUGACCAUUGCCCAAAAGGGGGUUCUCUCUCAUUAAAGCCACUAGUCGAAGUAUCCCCUGUGUUUUCUUCAAGGUUUUUCAUUUGCUUUUCAUUUUUAUGGGAAACCAAGGGAAAAAGCACAUUGCCAUCCAGCCAAGUGUGUUUAUCUGUCGUGGCUCAUUUUUCUGUUCCUUAGCAGAUGCGACUUCUGUGUGUCACUUAAAGAGCCCAGCCAUGCCCUUAGGUGGGAAGAUUUACAUGUGUCUACCAGCCGGCAGGCAGAGCAGGGUUGAAAAAAAAAAAUCAGCUCCCGAAGGGCCCAGAUACUACAACCGUAAACAGUCGCCUCGAAGCGCCACCUUGGUUUGCAGCAUCCAACCAAGGAAAAACGAGGAAGAGAACACGUGUGGGAGCUGCCGUUUACAUGUGCUUUGAGCUAUGCUCAAUGCACAACCGGAAAGCCAUCAAACUUCAAAGGCCUCAAAAAAAAACAUUUUUCUAAUAACCAGUGCACAAUCUUAGAUGGGUGACUCAAGAUGGCACAAAAGGUCUCUGUGGAGGAGGUAGACUGUGCAUGAUGGCGCAGGGGGGGUGGGGGGAUUUUCUCAUUUGUAAGGACUUCCUAGUCAAAGGCAUUUGACAGCCAGGAGCAGGAGCCAGGGUAAGGGGUACUUUUGUGGGAAAGCAGAACUAAAAGUUAGCUACCGUGUCAAAAGGAAAACCUUUGUUUUUCAUGUCUGUGUGAACUAAUCAGUAGACUCUACCAGACCAGGAAGGUGCAGAAUGGACUAACCAGCCAUGAUGCUCCCUCUGCUGUAGCCUGGAAAGUGCUGUCACUCAAGUGGGACAUUCAUACCACCCUGGCCACGGCCACCAACUCCUCUGCCACUUCUCUGUGGGGCGUGAGGGCAGGCACCCCAGCAAUGCAUAUGGCUUGGUUGACGCUUCCAGCUUGAGGGACAAAAUGUUAUUCCCAGAAUGCUUGAGGAGUAAACCUGCAAGAUAAAUAGAAACUGGUUAGGAUAUGAAUCUGGCACUUGAAUGGGGAGGGGUAGUUUAUGGCUCUUAUUUGGGUAAUUAGAGCUUAAAAUAGUUUUUAGAUUACCUCCACCCACCCCUUCCCCUACUCGGAAAUGUGAUGCACAUUGGGUCAUUUUCCUUUCUCUCAAAAGAAGGUACAGAGGGAAUUCAACACAGCUAUGAGCAACAGGUUAAAAAGUCAAGAGAGAAACUAGAGGUGGUGCGGUUACCUGGUUACAGGUUCUAGGACAUGGGUAGAAGUCAGAAAUAAAGUCUGAAGCCUGUUGGAUCAAGCUUUUAGCCCAGUUCUACGGAGAGGCAGAAGUUCUUCCAAAAACAUGGGGUACACUUUAGAUUAGUAGGGCGGGGGAAAGCAGAUGAGUGGAGUAGAAGCAGGAAUUACAGUCCCAGCAAACAAAAUGACAGUCUGGUAGUGAAGAAGGAGAUUGAGUCAAACAGGUUUUACUGUUUCGCUGUGUUCGGUUAAUAUAAAAUGUACAUAAAGUGACAGCCCUUCUGGCCUGCCACGAUGGUCGUUGUGGGAAACGCUGUGGUGAUUGUAUGCGAGCACUUACAAAUUCUUUCUAUAGCCCUAUUUCUUUAAAACAAAAUGAAUUAUGAAGCUCCUGGUCUGAUAUAAAAGCCCCUAUUGGAUUCUUUGGAUACAAUAAGAAAUUGCCUGUUCAGCCAGGAGACUGGCGAAAAGACUCAUACAUCAGACUGCUGUGAGCCAGGUGGGGUUCUCAUUUUGUUAUAUGCAGGUGAGUGUUGAAAACUGUUAAAAUUCCAAUUUGUUUUCAUUAAGUAUUAGUU